CCUCCUCGACGGCAGGUGCUUGUCUUUCCGACACUCUAUCCAAAAUGGCCAAGGUCACUUCCGACACGAGAACCACCAUCGAGCAGGCCCCCUUCCUCAUCCCCGACCUCACAAUAAAAGACUUGCUUUCGGCUAUUCCGGCCCACUGCUACAAGCGGUCCGCCCUCAGGUCCUUAAGCUAUGUAGUGUACGACAUGUUCCUCGUCGCCUGUAUCUACAAGCUUGCUGUCUUCCUCGAUGCGCGCAUCACGCCUGAGUAUGUCAGUCUGUCAAGCCCUUACCUGUACACAUUCGCCCGCGUCGCGCUCUGGUCGCUGUACGGCUUCGCCAAUGGCCUCAUCGGCACCGGCCUUUGGGUCCUCGCGCACGAAUGUGGUCACCAGGCGUUCUCGGAGUCCAAGGCCCUCAACAAUGCGGUCGGUUGGGUCCUUCACUCUGCACUCGGCGUUCCUUAUCACUCCUGGAGGAUUACGCACGCGAAGCACCAUGCCUCUACAGGCCACAUGACUCAGGACCAAGUAUUUGUGCCCAGAACGCGUUCGCAGGUUGGCUUGCCUGCCUUCAAUCCCGAGAAGGAAGACCUGUACGGUGCGAGCGUCUCGGACGAGAUCAAGAAGGAGUUCGUGGAGGCGCUCGGUGACUCUCCCAUUGGAGCCGCGUUGGGAGCUGCGAGCUACCUGCUCGUUGGAUGGUGGGCGUACAUCGUGAGAAACGCAUCAGGACAGAAGCGUUACCCCAAAGGCACCAACCACUUCAACCCAUCUGCUGUGAUGUUUGCGCCCCAUCACCGUGACCAGAUCUUGAUUUCCGACCUUGGUAUUGUCCUCUGGCUUGGUGCCGUUCUUGCCGCCAUCCAUUACCGUGGCUUCGCCGAGGUUUUCCGUGUCUACCUUGUUCCUUAUGUCUGGGUGAACCACUGGCUUGUGCUCAUCACUUUCCUCCAACAUACUGACCCCGUGCUUCCUCACUACCGCGCUCCUGAGUUCACCUUCCCUCGUGGUGCCCUUGCAACGCUCGACCGCAACCUUCUUGGUGACUGUGGAAAGAUCAUGGGCUGGCUCGGCGCUCACCUUACACACGGUAUCUCUGAGACACACGUUGCGCACCAUGUGGCGAGUAAGAUCCCUCAUUACAACGCAUGGGAGGCAUCCGAUGCACUUCACAAGAGACUGUCGCAGGCUGGUCUGGUCCGUCUGCAGGGUCGUCCAGGCGGCUGGUCAGAGAUGUACCGCGUGUUCAAGGAGUGCAAGUUCGUCGAGGAUGAGGGCAAUAUCGUCUUCUACAAGAAUUCGGAGGGCCUUGCCAAGACGCGCCCUGUGUUCAACGACAACAACGUGAGCGACUCGGGUAUCGAGUUCGAAAAGGAUGCAUAGAUCGUCUCUUUUGUCGCAUCCUGUUUCGCUGCCGUUGUGUCAUCAUCACCGCUCUUGUAUUUGUUAUGCGUAGACGUCUCUUCGCCGCCUGCGCUGUGGGGCCGUGGGACGGUUCCAGGGAACCCCUAGCGGAGCGCCGCGGUCAAGGGAGAGUAAUACGGGAAAAGGUGUUCUCUUGGGGUCACGGACCUGCUCAGUGGGUGGAUACUGCUAUGGAUAGAGUAUAGAGCAGACGUCCAAUACGGGAGUGCAUUGCUUUGGACACGCGUGGGAUGAGGUGAACAGGACAAUAUUGGUAACUUUUGUUUGUUUGUCUAAAAUGUCUCUGUUCUGAGGAUAGGGAGAAACUGCGGCUGUCGUUUCUACCCU